AUGGCAACGCGGGCGCCGCCGCAGUCUUCUUCGACCGGAUCCGUGACGGUGACGAUCGACCCGUCCCCCUCGUCGUCGUCCUCCACCGCCCCGCCCCCGGCGGCCGCGUCGGCGCCGGCGCCGUCCCCCGAGUCGGUGGUGCUGCGCCUGAAGCGGCGGGCCAAGAAGAAGGUGUCGUGGAAGGAGGGGACGGUGGACAACGAGGGCCUCGGCCGCAAGAGCUCGAAGAAGUGCUGCAUAUUCCACAAGGAGGUCCCCUUCGACGAGGACUGCAGCGACGACGAGGCCCCCGGCGGCGGCGGCGGCGGUGGCCACCGGUGCCCUCGCCCUCAUGGUGACGCCGGCGAGGGGACCAGCGGCGGCGGUGGCGGCGAGUGCCCGUCCUCUUCCCACGACCAUGACCAUGGCCAUGGUCACCACUGA